AUGACUUAUCAAGAUAUCAACAGACCGGGCCAAACGGUGCGCCGCGUGCCAUGUCAUUUCUACGCCCGUGGAUUGUGCUUGAAGGGCAGUGGCUGCCAAUUCACACACGAGGGUCAGGAUGCGCCAUCACCGGCCCAACCAAGUUCGAGUGGAAAGGUACGCUGUCAGUACUUCGCCGCUGGCUAUUGCGCGAGAGGGGACUCCUGCUUCUACGCACACGAGGCGCCGCCAACGCCAACGACAUGGCGUGAUCCUUUGCCUCCGCCUCUGCCUAUGGUCCAGCCUCUUCCUCUGCCCAUGACACAGUCUUUGCCAGUGGUUCAGCCGACGCCCCAACGUCCUACCAAUUCACGGGCUCUAGCCGCUUGCAAGUUCUUUGCCAGAGGUGCGUGCAAAAACGGUACCGUUUGUCCGUUUGCACACCCCACGGCGAGCCCCGCGGCGGGCUCCAACUGGAGGCAUGAGGAUGGGAAUGAAGAACAGGCCAUGCAGACGAGUUUUGCGGGCCUGAGAAUUGAACCCCAAACCCCGUUGGCAGCGGAAGAAUCUGAGUUCAAGGAGGAGCCUUCUCACGACGACUGGACUCGUGAGCUCUCGGGGGUCUUGGCCCGCUUCGAGGGCGGCGCCGCUGUGUCUAAGGUGUCUUGCCCGUCCGACUUUUCCGCUAUCCGCCUGAGCAACCUUCCGGCAGCCAGCUCCCCGGAGUCUGUAGUCGUUUUGUUGUCGGGCGUGGCAAUGGCGGUUGAGGCGGAGAAUGUGAGGGUUAUUGUGCACCCAGAGUCGGGCACCUGUGGCGCCGACGUCACGGUCGAGGACCCAGCCUUUGCAAAGACAGCGUGCACCAGGCUGGGUUCUUUGUUUGUCACCGGCUCACGGAUCGAAGCAGUCAGCAUCCCCGUUCCCACGCCACGAGGGUCGAGCUUGUACAGAGUCGACCGUAGGAGGCUUCACUGCUCUUGGCACCGGCCGACUUGUGUUGCAUGGCUUAACUUUGGGACCGAAGACAAAGCGCACAAGGUUUACGAGAAGUUCAAGGCCGGGGUAUACGAGGUGCUCGACUGUGUCGUGAAGGCGAAUCCGCCAAAAGGACAACAGGAUCGAUGGAACCCCUUGGCUUGGACUGUUAUGUUGAUGGACGUGCCCGGCACGGCUAGGAUAAAAGACAUCCUCCAAGUCAUCCCCGAGUUUGACAGUCCGCGCCGUGUCACAAUGGGGAAGCCGACCUAUGGCUCCGACUUCGACUACGCUUGCGCUACUGUCAAGUCGAUGCUGACCCAGUUUGGUCCCUUGGAGUGGUGGGAGGUAUCUGCCAACGGCAAGGGAAAACGUAUCAAAGCCCAAGCACGUUUCUUCGAAGAAUCACACGCCAGAGAGGCGACGGCUUCUCUCGACGGCAAGCUGUUGCCUUUCAGCGAUACGGCCAAACUGACGGUCCAGCUCAUGACAACUGCCAAGUUCAAAAUAUCGACUCGGAUAUACGACGCGUUGAGCGGUCGGAUCAGCUUACAAAAGCCCAUCUGGGAAAGCCAGUCCCUCCAUUAUGUUGCCUAUCCCCCCCACCGGGGAUAUCGUGUCUUGAAAUUAGAGGGCCAGGACAGUACGACGCUAGCACAAGCCAAAAAGACCCUGGACCGCAUCGUUGAGGGCGAGGUGGCGAGAAAGGAUGAUAAAGAUCUGUGGCAUGCCAACCUCGAAAGGAAUGGUAAGGAAUACAAGAAGCUCAAGCAAGUGGAGCAAGACAAUGGGGUCGUCAUUGUACGCGACAAGCGCAAAUCCCAACUCAGGUUGUACGGUUCAGACGCAGCCAACAGGCGGGCUACGAAAGCCCUCGAGAUCCUGCUCCAGAACGCCGUCUCUCACAGCCAUGUCAUUGAGCUCGACUCGGCAGGAUUCCAAUGGGCCUGCAAAGGCGGGUUCAAGACAUUGACACGACCUGCUCCGUCUGCUGGACCGACGCCGAAGAGCCCAUCCGCACCUCCUGCAACCACCUUUACUGCAGCGACUGCUUCACCAACUUCUGCCACGCCCCCGCCUCCGGUACCGGCACCGCCUUCCGCAUCACCUGCGUCGGCAACCUCGGCCACUGCGGCAAGACCCUGCCCCUCCCCGAACUCCAAGACCUCCUCCUCCUCAUCCACCUUCGAAGCCAUCCUCGCCGCCUCCUUCGCCGCCCACAUUCGCUGCCACCCCACCCUCUUCCGCUACUGCCCGACCGCCGACUGCGCGCAAAUCUACCGCGCCACCAACACCGCUACCACCCCGUCCUCCUCCACCUCCAACGACGGUCCUGCCACCUUCACAUGCAGCAAAUGCCUCGCCGCCACCUGCACCGCCUGCCACGCCACGCACCCCGCCAGCGUGACAUGCGCCGAGCACAAGGAGGUCACGUCGGGGGGGUAUGCGGCGCUCGAGCGGGCGAAGAGGGCGCUGGGGGUGAAGGACUGUCCGAAGUGCAAGACGCCGAUUGAGAAGGUGGAUGGGUAUGUAGCCGGCCGCUUGGCCGGCCUGACCGUCACCAGGGCAGCCUCCUCCUCCAACUCGUCGAUACCAGAUUCCUCCCACUGGGAACGUUUGCGCCGAACUGACGGCUUCGCCGGCCUCGGAUUUGUCCCUGAUGCUGGGACUGGUGGCGUUGAGUCGCUGGAGGGAGGUAGAGGACCCGGUGACUUCACUGCAGGUGCCAGCGGCAGAAAGUGGCAGGCGGUGAGGUAUUUCGCCGGCAGAAAGGUGGGGCUACUGUUCAAGGAGUGA